ACCGGAUGCCCUGAGUCCGCCCGCCAGCCAUUGCCCAUACCUACUACCCUCGCAGUCGUUCCCUUUCCCGUGUUCGACAAGAUAACGAGUGCGUGCUACGGAUUAACUAUUAAUUACUCAUCUAAUUGGGCGUUUCUUUUCUGUCCGUUCACUUUUAUCUCUACCCCGUACUUCCUGUUCAUUCUCCAAUAACACGCGGUUUUUUUGGGGGGUUUUUCUUUGGUUUUUUUUUGCCCGGAGUGUCCAUCACCAAGAGAAAAAAGCACAAUGGCUACGACAUCUUCAACAAACGGCACCAAUGCCACACCUGCCAGCCCGGCAGCCGAUGCCCCCAUAAGUCAGGACUUGUCCGCUGAGACGGCAACGACAAAGCAGUCGCCAGACGACGGCGCGGAACAGGUCGAAGAUGACGUCCCCUUCGUCGUUACAAUCGUCCUCCCCCACGACCCCAAAACAUUUGAGCUGCCCGUAUCUUCUUUGGAACCCAUCCACGAAAUUCGCCAAUCGAUAAUCGAGCACCCUAUUGCCGUCCAGUACUCGUGCUUCCACCUCGAACACAAGGGCGAGCGACUCAACGACUUUCUUCAGGUCUCCGAGGUCAAUGGCCUCGUCCACGGCUCGGAGCUACAUGUUGUCGAGGACCCAUACACAGAGAAGGAGGCCCGCAUCCACCUGAUCCGCAUCAGGGAGCUUAUCGGAGCCGCCGGAGACCGCACCGACACCAUCCAGGGCAUUCUCGCUGGCACCUCCGUUUUCGACGACGUCGUGCCCGAACACCUCCUGUCUCUGGGACCCGACACUGACGCCGACGCUGAGGCUAAGGCCGCUGAGUAUGACUUCAACGCCGCCCCUUCGCUGUCGAUCCUGCUCCCCCGAGAUACAGAGCCAGCACCCAAAUCCGUCAAGGGCAUCUCGCUGUCCCCGUGGAACCCCCCGCCCGCUCCCCUGCGCCAGAGGGGCCACCUGCUCUACCUCCUGGUCCUGACCAACGAGGGCGAGCAGUUCCAAAUCACUGCACAUGUCGGCGGCUUUUUCGUCAGCAAGUCAACCAAUGCCAAGUUUGAUCCCUUCCUCAAGGCUGGCCCCAAGGGAACGUCGGCGCACUCCCUCUUCACCCUGCUCGGCAAGAUAUCGCCGUCGUUUGCCGCAUCCUACGCCGAGUUCCAGGAAUUCACCAACCGCAAAGACCCCCUAGCCACUUUUCAGGUUGGCAACACGUUCCCCUCGGCCCCGUGGCUGGUUCCGUCUUCUUCUUCGCCGCUGUGUGCCCACAGCGCCGACCCCACCCGGGUCCAGGAGACCUUUCUGCUGGGCGGUGCCGAGAACACAGAUACACUGAGGGACUGGAACGAGGAAUUCCAGUCGGCCAAGGAACUGCCCAAGGACACGAUACAGGACCGCCUCUUCAGAGAACGUUUACUCUGCAAGCUCUAUGCCGACUACAACGACGCUGCUACGCGCGGAGCCGUUCUGGUUGCUCGUGGCGAGGUCGCGCCCCUCAACCCCACCGAGGGUCGGGACGCCCAGAUCUUUGUUUACAACAACGUCUUCUUUUCGUUUGGUGCCGACGGUGUCGGUACCUUCACCACCGAGGGCGGUGACGAGGCGGCCAGAGUUGCUACGGGCAAGGAUGUCCUCGGCGUCAAGCUCGUCAACCAGCUUGACAUUGAAGGAUUGUACACGCCGGGAACCGUCGUCGUUGACUACCUAGGCAAGCGCAUCGUCGGCCAGAGCAUCGUGCCCGGAAUAUUCAAGCAGCCCGAGCCUGGCGAGAACCAGAUCCACUACGGCGCCGUCGAUGGCAAGGAGAACGUCGCCGCCGAUGAGCGAUUUGCGUCUACCUUUGCCAAGGUCGCACAGGCCCUGAGGGUCAAGAAGCACGCCGUGUGGGACAAGGAAAACAAGCGCUUCGAUCUUGAAGCCAGCGUUGAAAUGAAGGGUCUGCUUGGUACCGACGGCAGGAAGUACGUGCUGGAUCUAUACCGCAUCACGCCCCUAGACAUCGCCUGGAUGGAGGAGACCGCUAUUGAGGGCGCCGAAUACCCCCACCGUAUGACGGUGCUGCGUCCCGAGCUGGUCGAAGCCCUGGGCAAGCAGAAAGCUCGCGAAUACGUCGAGGCCGAGCUUGUAAAGCGCGGAAGCCUCAAGAAGACCACCAACGGCAACGCAGAGCUGAAGGAUGCUGAGGCGGACCAAGAAGCCGAGGCGGAAAAGAUUGCGACGAACGGCGAGACCAAAGCCGAAGAUACAGAGAUGUCGGUCGACAAGACUGAAUCCGACGUCAAGGCAGAGGUCGAAGAGGAAGCCGAGAAGACGGACCGCAUCGACAUGGCCGAAUUCAAUUUCACGCUGAAUCCCGACGUGUUCAGUGGCCAGCUUCCCCAGACCGACGAGGAGAAGGCCGAGCUGAAAGAAGACGAGGAGAAUGUCCGGGCUGCCUGCGCGUACCUCCGCGAUGGCGUUAUCCCGCAGCUCCUGUACGACCUGAAAGAGUCAGACAUUGGCUUCCCCAUGGACGGCCGGUCGCUCACUCGCCUGCUGCACCGCCGCGGCAUCAACAUGCGCUACCUCGGAAAGCUUGCCACCCUUGGCGCCGAUAACAGCCGUGUCGAGUGUCUUUCCAAGCUCUGUGUACGCGAGAUGAUUGCGAGGUCCUUUAAGCAUGUCGCCGCAAAGUACCUGAAAUAUCUGCCGCUGCCACUGACGUCUCCCUGCUUUUCCCACCUCUUCAACUGCCUUCUCGGGUCUCGGCUGAAUCCCAAGCCAGUGCCCGACGUCGAUGAGUCCCUCCCGAGUCUUUUCGCCCAUGUAGAUCUCGCUUUUGAGAAGGUCACGCCCGAGAGCUUGCGGGAAGACAUCGAACACGAGACCCUUCGCCGGUACAGAUAUACGCUCGAGGACGGCUGGUGGAGCCAGAUUAUGCCCCUCCAGAUGCUUCGCGAGGUCUCGCUGAAGCUGGGACUCCAGCUGCAGACGAAGAACUUUGUCUUUGCUCCCGAGGCCGGCGAGCCCGCGCCCGCGCCCGCUGCCAGUGCCCAGGCCCAAGCCCCGACCCCGGCAGAGCCGGCCAAGAAGAGCAAGAAGAAGAAGGCGCGCGAUGGGUCGCCCUCUAGCAUCGCGUCGUUCACGGUCGCGCCGCACACCUUCAGCCCUGAAGAUUUUGUUAACGUCGUGCCCCUCAUCAAGGACUCGUGCCCCCGCAGCGCUCUGGCCGAGGAGGCCUUGGAAGCCGGCCGCCUGUCCAUCUAUCAGAACAACAGGAAGGUCGGUGAGGAUCUCCUGCUCGAGUCGCUAUCACUGCACGAGCAGAUUUAUGGUCUCGUCCAUCCCGAGCUUGCCCAGAUGUACCACACGCUCUCUCAGCUGUACUACCAGCUCGACCAGAAGGAAGUGGCCGUGGAGCUCGCCAGGAAAGCCGCCAUUGUUGCCGAGCGGACCGUUGGUCUGGACUCGGCCGAGGCCGUCUUGAACUACCUCAGCCUCAGCCUGUUCCUGCACCAGCGCGGCGAGAGCAGGGUCGCGCUCGUCUACGCCAAGCAUGCGAUUGACUUGUGGAAGAUCAUCUACGGAUCCGACCACCCCGACACCAUCACCACCAUCAACAACUAUGCCGUCAUGCUCCAGAGCGUCAAGGCCUACCACGAGUCGCGCCGGUGGUUUGAAGAGUCGCUCCGCGUCUGCGAGCUGGUCUUUGGCAGGCAGACGGUCAACUCGGCCACCCUACUGUUCCAGCUGGCCCAGGCCCUUGCGCUCGACCAAGACUCCAAGGGCGCCGUCACCCGCAUGCGCGAGAGCUACAACAUCUUCCUGUCCGCUCUGGGUCCCGAGGAUAAGAACACCAAGGAGGCGGAGCACUGGCUGGAGCAGCUGACACACAACGCCGUGUCGAUCGCCAAGCAGGCCAAGAAUGUCCAGGCACGUAGCGCCAAGGCUGGCUUCCGCAUUGGCUCGCUGGCGACGGGCGCCGGGCAGGAGCUUCCUGGAAAGAUAACGCCGCCCGCUUCUAUGGACAGCCGCAGCAUCGACGAUCUUAUCAAGUUCAUCGAGGGGGGCGACAAGAAGAAGGCCAGCGGCGGUGGCAGCAAGAAGAACACGGGACGCAGCAACCCCAAGGCCAGGCGGACUAGCGGAGCCGUCAAGACUAGCCCUUAGUCUGCCUGCUUCCAUGUUUUCGUUCUCGUUGUUUACAAACCCCUCAGGGGGUCGGAGCCAGCCUUCCCUUCCCAGCGGACCCGGCAGGCAGUCAGACGCCUCUUACUACGCCACUCAAGCUACAAAAAAAGAAAAAAGGAAGAAAAAACCCCAAUCGCUAUACCACGGGUGGGUAUGAAGAGCCUCUUUUGAACCGCCUGUCUGGCAAGAGGCGUAUAACAAACAGCUGUACCGGCGGCCCUUUCUCCUCUCUCCAGACUGUGUGUAAUUAUUUUGUAAAAAAGAAACCGGGGAAAUGGGCAUUGUAUGUACAUAGAAAUAGAGGCGUUUGACGAGAGACAAAAUUUGGAGGGGACGAGUCCGAAAUAGACGGGUCUGAGAGGGUGAAGAAACACUUUUUUACACGUUCACAGCACAGUACAUAUAUAUAUAUAUAUAUAUAUAUAUAU